AUGUCUGUAUAUCGCGUUGUUGGUGAUGAGAAAAGCAAGAAGAGCAAAAAGAGCAAGAAGAGCAAGUGCAAGAAGCAAAAACAAGAAAAGGGGCUGGUUGGCUGGAGUGAAGGAAGGAAAAGGGAAGGAAAGAGGAAGGAGGUCAGGAAAGGGAGGAAGGAGGCCCUUUUUAUAUCUGUUCUGGAAGGCGCCAAAGCUAAGCGAGCAGGACAGGACAAGACAAAACAGGAAAGGACAGGACAGGACAGCGAGGUCAAGAUAUUGGAAGAUUGGAAGACAGACAGUUCAAGUAUUCAAUUGCUUGAUUUGUUUGAUAUUGGAUAUAGAAUGAGGUAUCAACAGCAGCAAUUUAUGUCAUUUUAUGACCCUUCUUUCCUCCACAACCAUCAACCGCCACCACCACCACCGCCAUUUUUGAGAGCGCGCCUUUAG